AUGGCCCCAUUCGAGGCGUUGUAUGGUAGAAAGUAUCGAUCUCCAAUUGGGUGGUUUGAUUCAGCUGAGAUGGACUCUUUAGAAAUAGAAUUUCUUAGAGAUGCCAUGGAGCAGGUCCACAUAAUUCAGGGUAGGCUCUUGACAAUUUUGGGGCGAGUGGGAAGGGUGGCUUAUAGAUUGGCCUUGCCACCUAGCUUAUCAGUGGUGCAUCCUAUGUUUCAUGUUUCCAUGCUCCGAAAGUAUGUUCCGUAUAGGUCUCAUAUGAUCUCUCUUGAAUCAGUAGAAUUGGGUCUAGAUUUGACAUUUGAGGAGGAGCCCAUAGCCAUUCUGGAUAGGCAGGUCCGUAAGCUUAGGAACAAGGAUAUUGCUUCAGUGAAGGUACACUUGAUUCACCUUUCAGUCAGAGAGGCGACUUGGGAGUCGGAGGAUGACAUGCGUGCUGAUAUCCCAAGCUUUUCGAGGUUCCAGAUCCUAGUCAGGGUAUUUCGCGUGAUAGCUGAUCUCUCUAGUGGAGUUCACAUUUUUAGAUUUGUGGAGUGGUGGGAAUCGGUUCUUGCUUACAGAUCUGCCGGUUCUCCUAUGAUGGGUUGGGAGCAGUUCACUGAGGUGUUCUUUGAGAGGGUAUUAUUGAUCAUGUCAGGAUUAUUAAGAGUAUCUGACAUGCUAGAAAUGAUGGGGCUAAGAGGUUCUGUUGGCAGGAUCAGUUCACCAAUCAUUCCUCCAGAGGCAGGAAGUACUUGGGUCCAGGCACCUAGGGUUAUUAGGGUAGACCAGUGCAUACGGCGAUUCAGAUUACUGAUUGUACAGGUGAAUCCAGGUCUAGUCAAACUAGUCAUGGUGCUUCUUCGGGUUUAUGAGGACAUGUUGAUACUUCUAUUUUUCCUCCAAAGGGUUCCAGUCCUCGAGGCUGCCUUGUUUAUGAUGAGUUUGGGCAUAAGGCAAAGGAUUUUCCUAGAUGUGCUUCUUCUAGUAUCUAGCUCUGGUCACACGCUAUUCGUUCUAUGCCAGCUCUAG